AUGUUUGACGGAGCCAAGCCGUUAGACAACCCAUUGGCGUUAGAUCAUAUCGACUCUCAUGAUUUGUUUGUGGGCAUGAUUCCACUUCGUCUGACCAACUACUCGGGAUUCCACCCCAUCAAGUCUGUUUGGGUAUCUCUGGAUGAUCUCAUUAUGUCACUUGUCUGCAUGCACGAGUCCCGCUUCCUCUUCCUCGGCGUUGCCUUUUUGGGCGUGGCGAAUGCCAGUGUCGUGGACUUUAGUCGUCACCAGCCAAGGGACGUCAAAGCCUUACCUCGGGCCUACAACGACCCAGUCUUCCAUGAGGCUCGAAGCUUCGCUGAGAGGAGUGACCAGCCUUCCAAGCCACAAGCUGCUACUAGUGCAGGGGAUGGAGAGGAGGAUGAUCAAGAUACCUCUCAAUCCUCUGGCUCUGGCUCUGGCUCUGGCUCUGGCUCUGGCUCUUCCUCCAAUGGUGGCAGUUCCAACAAGAACAAUGCUGCUGUUGCUCAGCCUCAGUCUGAUACUUCCCAAUCGCAGGGCGGUGGCUCAGGUCAGAGCAGCAAUAACGAUGCUUCUAAUCAACCUGACACUUCUGGCUCUCAAUCCCAGGGAGGUGGCUCGGGGCGAACCAAAAGCAAUUCUGCUGCUGCUCGGCCAGAGUCUGAUACUUCCGGUUCUGGAGAUGGUACUUCAGGCAACGCCAACAAGAAUUCUGGGAGCUCUGCACAGCCCAGCUCUGAAGAUUCGUCUUCGGGAGAUGGCUCUUCUGGUAAUGCGAACCAGGGUAAUGGUCAGAGCAAUUCUGGGUCACGCCACGGCUCUGAUGCUUCGAACCAAGACGAUAAUGCUUCAGAUAACACCAAUCAAGAGCCUGUGGUCUCUUCUCCUUCGCGGGGUAAGAACAGUGGUAAUCAGCAAGAUACCGUCCAGGCUGCCGCUCCCACCGAUGAUUCCGACUCUGAAGCUCCGGCUCGGUUUGUAGCACCUAAACAGAAUUGGAGGACUACUCAGCAAAACCAAUAUCCGCCUUAUCAGCCGACUCAAGUAUGGCCUACUUCGAAACCUACUCAUGUUUGGCCAACUUCGAAGCCAACCCAAAUAUGGCCAACCUCCCAACCCACGCAGGUAUGGCCGACUUCUCAGCCAACUUACCCAACUGUACCGACAAGCAUGCCGACUCAGCCCACAAGCAUGCCGACUCUCCCUACAAGCAGGCCAACUCAACCAACUUCAAUGCCCACUCAGCCGACUUCAAUGCCCACUCUUCCCACGAGUAGGCCUACCCAGCCAACAUCUAUGCCCACUCUCCCUACGAGCAUGCCGACUCAACCCACAAGCAUACCAACUCUCCCUACGAGUAGGCCAACUCAACCAACAUCAAUGCCGACUCUCCCCACAAGCAUGUCUACCCAGCCAACAUCCAUGCCCACUCUCCCUACGAGCAUGCCGACUCAACCCACAAGCAUACCAACUCUCCCUACGAGUAGGCCAACUCAACCAACCUCGAUGCCUACUCUCCCAACUAGCAUGCCCACCCAGCCAACAAGUAUGCCUACGCUGCCGACAUCCAUGCCGACUCAACCCACAAGUAGGCCAACUCAACCGACUUCAAUGUCGACCCUUCCUACCAGCAUGCCUACCCAACCAACUUCCAUGCCAACUCAGCCAACAUCUAUGCCUACUCUCCCUACAAGCAUGCCCACUUCUUCAAAGCCUACGACAAUGUCUACCCAGCCUACAAGUAUGCCUACUCAACCGACGAGUAUGCCUACACAGCCAACAAGUGUGCCCACUUCAUCUAGAACUACGAGCAUGCCCACUCAACCGACAAGUAUGCCUACGCUCCCUACAAGCGUACCUACUUCGUCCAAGCCUACAAGCAUGACUACUCGGUCUGUGCCAACGACUACCAAGUCUUUGCCUUCAAGCAUGCCAACUAUGCCUAUUACCACGAAGCCUACCAAGACUACCACUGUCACCAGAUCCAGAGUGACUACUGAGUACAUUACGUCAACUGUAUACACUACAACUGUUCGUACGGUUACGGAAUGUGGUCCAUAUGUCACCAAGUGUCCUCACCCUCCUUAUGUAACAACGGAGACUAUCAUUGACUAUACCACUGUUUGCCCUAUUACCGAGACUAUUUACCCUCCUCCGAUGACUACCGAGUACACCACUUCAACUGUCUAUACCACUUCGAUAUACACUAUCACUGAGUGUGCUCCUUGGGUCCACAAUUGUGGCUACAUUCCUUAUGAGACAACUGAGAUCAUCCCCAUUUACACCACUGUUUGCCCCAUCGAUUACGAGCCAACUCCGGAGCCUCAGUGGACAACCUCAACCGUCUACACCACCUAUUAUCGAACUGUCACGGAAUGCGAGCCUUACUGUCCUGAGACACCAUACGUGACAUGGGAAACUGUUCCUAUCUACACUACAGUCUGUCCCGUUGAUGAGGUAGCCCCUGCCCCUACCGCGCCGCCACAUCAUUACGAACCUGAGGAGUGCAUGACUGAAGAACUCUCAACCAGCUGGUCCGCUUCUACUGUCUAUUCAACCGAAGUUAAGACCAAGGAUGAUUGUGCUUGGGAUGACUCAUGGUGUGAUUAUGGUUACCCUUACGUUACAACCGAAACUGUCGUUCUCUCUACCACUCUCUUCCCAGAGGUCAUUACGGAAUGGGUCCCUUGCCCGACGUAUCAUCCUCCACCCCCACCUGUUGUUGUCACUUCCACAUCGACUUUGACAUACUACACUACUGAGUAUUAUGUCAUCACUGCUUGCCCGCAUAAAGUUGACUACUGUGAUAUCGGGCACAAGACCUCGACUGUUUACGCAACGGGCACAACCUGUUACACUUUCACUUACACUACAACUGUCCCCGAGACUACCUACACCAGAGCUGUGCCUCCUACAAGGACUCUUUCCACGGUUGUAGUUUCCACCGAGACUGGUUACAGCAGCAGGACCAAUACCGUCUACUACUCCACAACUGAGACCUGGGCGACCUCUACCUAUGCAACCCAGUCGACUGGGACUUCCACGUGGAUGACCCAGUCUAUACCCACCUAUCCUACAUCUGUUAAGCAGUCUUCCUCCAUUGAGCAACCCAGCUCCAUGGAGAAGCCCACUUCCGUCGAUCAGCCUAGAUCUAUGUCACAGCAACCCUCGUCUGUUAAACAACCUACGUCUAUGCAGCAGAAGCCCACUUCCAUGCAGCAGCAACCCACUUCUGUUUAUCAACAACCUACUUCCAUGCAGCAACAGCCGACUUCUGUGUAUCAGCAACCUUCGCGUAAUGCGCCUCAGUCCAUGCAAACUGCUCCUGCUGCUAUGAAGUCUUCAGGCUCAGAUUCUUCCCCCUCUCAUUAAAGCGAUAUCACACAAUUGGCACAGCUGGAGAUGCCAGAGUUAGAUUUUUUGUAUGUAGAACAAAUUGCGUCGAUGCUUUGGAGGUCAUUUCCUCUGGUGAAGGAUCGAACUUGUUUUUAUGAGAACAAGGAUGUCACAGUCACUACAAUAUGGUCUCGUCUUCUAUUACCAUGUAUACAUUCCCU